ACGUUUCCCAGUAGGACGUCUCAUAGCUGCCCUUUCACUUGCCUGCUUUUUCUCGCAAAAUGCAUUACGACAGCCGCCUAUAGGUGCCUUUCCUGUUGCUUACGGAAUCACACGUGGGCAGUCCAACGCUACUGAAGGCUAUCUUGCGGAGAUGGGUGGUUUGGAGAAAAAGAAGUAUGAGAGAGGUUCUGCUACCAACUAUAUCACAAGGAACAAAGCACGGAAGAAGUUGCAGCUUAGUCUGCCUGACUUCAGGCGCCUGUGUAUCCUUAAAGGUAUCUACCCACAUGAACCCAAGCACAAGAAGAAGGUUAACAAGGGAUCUACUGCCCCUAGGACAUUCUACCUCCUCAAGGACAUAAAAUUUUUACUCCAUGAACCAAUCGUAGGAAAAUUCCGAGAGUACAAGGUUUUUGUGCGUCGUCUUCGCAAAGCCUAUGGAAAACGUGAAUGGGAUUCAGUAGACAGAAUCCGAGAUAAUAAGCCUUCAUACAAACUAGAUCAUAUCAUUAAGGAAAGGUAUCCAACAUUUAUUGAUGCAGUCCGUGAUCUAGAUGAUGCUCUGUCCAUGUGCUUUCUCUUCUCUACUUUUCCUCGAACGGGAAAGUGCCAUGUUCAAACCAUCCAGCUGUGUCGUCGAUUGAGUGUGGAAUUUCUCAACUAUGUUAUUGCUUCUCGUUCGUUGCGUAAGGUUUUCCUGUCAAUUAAAGGAAUCUAUUACCAAGCAGACAUCCUGGGGCACACUGUAACAUGGAUCAUUCCUUAUGCGUUCUCUCAUGAUCACCCUACAGAUGUAGAUUACAGAGUCAUGGCAACCUUUACUGAGUUCUAUACCACACUGCUCGGAUUUGUGAACUUCCGCCUUUACCAGACUUUAAAUCUACAGUACCCACCAAAGUUCGACUCAUUCUCAGAAGUUGAUCUUAAGUCAGAUGGUGAAGACAAGUAUGCACUGGAGACUGAAGUCUACAUGGAGAAAUUGGCAGCUCUGAGUGCUAGUCUGUCCCGAGUAAUCCCCAGUGAACCUAAUGAUGAAAAUGAGGUUGAUGAAUUUCCUGAAGAUCCUGAAAAUGCUGGUCAGGAGGAGGAGCGAAAGAAGCAACUGCAGGAGGAGGAAAAACAUAAAUCAUUGUUUGUGGGUCUAAAGUUCUUUUUAAAUCGUGAGGUACCACGUGACGCCCUUGCCUUUAUUAUCCGGAGUUUUGGGGGUGAAGUGUCUUGGGACGCCUCUGUCUGCAUUGGGGCAACCUACAACAGCACAGACAAAUCUAUAACACACCAUAUAGUGGACCGACCCAGCAUACAGACUCAAAUUAUCAACAGAUAUUAUUUGCAACCACAGUGGCUGUUUGACUGUGUAAAUGCUCGCUUGCUUCUUCCUGUUGAGGACUAUUUUCCAGGGGUACUUCUGCCCCCUCAUCUUUCUCCAUUUGUCCAGGAGAAGGAAGGAGACUACAUUCCUCCUGAAAAACUACGGCUGAUGGCACUGCAGAAAGGAGAGAAUCCUGAAGACGAGGAGGAAGAGGAUGAAGAGACUGAUGAAGAGGAAGAUGAUGACGAGGAGGAGGAAGAAGAAGAAGAUAAGAAACUUAGACAGUUAGAAAAUAAAAAAGUCGGACAGAAGAAGCUGAAUGUUAAGGUAACAGCAGGCAAAGUUAAGGUGGAAGACCGCACACAGGUUGCAGAGCAGGAGAAAAAUGAGGAAAAGCGUCUAGCAAUUAUGAUGAUGAAGAAGAAGGAGAAAUAUCUAUAUAAUAAAAUCAUGUUUGGCAAAAAACGCAAAGUCCGGGAGGCCAACAAACUGGCACAGAAGAGGAAAGCUCAUGAUGAAUCAGUGAAAGUUGAACGGAAGAAGAAGGCUAAGAAGCACUGAACACCCACUCUUCUUUGACAGGACUUCUUAAAUUCUCUUUAAAAAGACUUGUAAAAGCUCCCAUUUCCCUGCAACAAAAUAUAUUUUAUCAGGUUCAGAUCACUGACCUGAUCUGUUAAACUUUCAAAAGGACUUUUAAGUGACCAAGUCUGCACUUUGAAUAGAAGAGAUAUUUUCUAUUUCCAGCGAAUAUUUAAUGUCAAGCUAACAGUCUUUUGAAAGACUAGUAACUGUGUGACAUGUAAAAGAAGCUUUGGCUAACAUUCAUUUAUAUUCUUCCUGAGUAACAUAAUGCCACUUAGUGUGGAGUAGCAGGUAUCCGUGUGUGUAAUGUGAUAUAAAACCGAACAGGUUUUGAACUAUGAUCUGUUUUAAUAUAUGGCAUUUUGGAUGCCACUGUGGUGGCACAGUGGUUAAAAAAUUGACAUGAGCAUAGUUUGUUUGCAAAGCCAGGCAAUAGUAGCCUUUAUGCCAAGCUGUUGCAAAACCACAGCUCCCUGCCAGCACAUUGGCCUACACUUGGGUCUCUGUGUGCUAUAAUUGACAUUAUACUGUACACCAGCAGUGUGAAUUUAUAAAUAAACCAGAGUUUUACAUUA